AUGAGAACGGACGAUGGCACCAAAUACAGCCUUCCAGGGUUUGUCCAUCAGGAUCCAGAGCAAGCCAAGUAUUGGGAGAAAGGAAUCACCUUUCAUCUUCAAGGGUUGCCCAUGAUUCAUGACGAUGGGGUGCAGACUGGAGUGGGUGCCAGGGGAUGGUACAAUUCGGCUGUCUUGUCUGCCUUGUUAUUGCUACUCUCAUCAACGCCGCCAUCAUCAUCAUCAUCAAGUAAUGAAGACGCUCCUGACAACGAUAAUAAUGAUAACAAUGAUAACAAUGAUAAUAAUGGUAAUACAAGGAGCAGUAUGAUGGGAGACUUGUUGCGGCAAGACAUGAUCAAUCUAAUGAAACAACAGUCUACUCAAAACCAAAAGAAUCCAACCAUUUUGGAAAUUGGGGCUGGAGCCUUGGGUCUGGUGGGAAUGACCAUGGCUUGGAUCCUAUCGCACAAACACCAAUUGAAUGGUGACGAUUGUGCUACUACCAUUAAUGCCGAGGCUAAUAGUGAUGUGGAAGAAAAGAAUGACGACUACUUGGAUAUCGAACUGAUGGGUGACAAUAAUGAUGACGAAAGCAAGGUCAUUUUGACCGACAAUGAUGUCGAAUGUUUGACACAACUUCAGUGCAAUGUCACUUCUGUGUUGCAAUCACUACUCGAAUUCAAUUCCGGCAUGCACAAGGAUGGAAUCAAUAAUAACGAAGAUAGCAAAGAGCAGGAAGGACAAUGGCUGUCACCUUCACCAGUAGUAUCCGCCGACCAAGAAAUGCUUCCAUUCCUGUCGUUGCCAAGCAUUCAGACCAAAGUCUUGGAUUGGGACGAUCACGCAAUCGAUCAAGAGGUUUUGGUCCAUCACAAGAUCGAUUUUGUGGUCGGUGCCGAAUUGGCCUAUACGUCCAACAAUUGUUGUGCCAUGCAAGUGGCCAAGAUUUUGGAAUUGAAUCCACAGGCUGUCAUUUGGAUUGUCCAGUUCCCACGCAAGGGAUGGUUCCAAGUCUUUCAACUAGAGUUACAAAAGGCCUUGCCCAAUGUUGUCAUUCAAAAAACGGACCCGACUCGAGUUCACAAACAAGUGCACGAAUUGGCACAAUCUAUCAUGCCAAUGCCAUGUGGAAUGGGGAGUAAUUCUGGGAACGACGACGUGGACAGUCAUGAGCAUUUUUCGUAUCGAUUGGAAGAUAUCAAAGCCUUGCGAAUUACAGUCCAGCAGCCACCACCAGAAAGAAAGGAGUCUGUUGUUGAAGAAGAAGCGACGUCUUCUGGCCCCAAAGUCUUUGAUUUGAACGAACAGAUUCAACAGUCCAAACGUCUUUCGGAACAACUCAGUGCCACACAAGAGUUCGCUUUGGACUCGCAUUGGGAACUUGGGUAA